UGUCACUGCAGGACACAUCAACUUCUCUUUUACAGGUUAAACAGAAAAAGGAUGGUGGAGAGGCUCACACAUGAACUUGAGGUCAAUCCACUUUGCAAAUAAAUUCUGGUCAACAUCGCUCCUCGUGAUCUAGGACACAAACAGCAGAGCUGAACAGAUCUUCUCUCAGAUAAGAACUGCUGAGCAUUCUCUUUUUCAUUCUGACCUGCAGCAAGAUGUCGGUGCCAGUGGUUUUAUUUUUCUGUCUGCUCUCUCUGACACCAGCGGCUACUGAAGUGGGUCUCGGUGGUAAAGUGCUUUUGUUUCCAACUGAGACUGAUACCAGCUAUGUUAAACUCAUUCCUGAAAAGCCACUGCGUCUUACAGCAUUUACUCUCUGCAUGCGGGUUGCGACGGAGCUCCAGGGCAAGAGGGAGAUCAUUCUGUUCGCCUACCGCACGGUUAAUGACGAUGAGCUGAACUUGUGGAGAGAGUCUGACGGCCGUUUGUCCUUGUAUAUUAGAUCUAGUGACCAUGCAGCAUUUUUCCGUCUGCCUCCUCUCUCCACCUUCCAGACACACCUGUGCGUCUCCUGGGAUGCUGCAACUGGUCUUACUGCUUUCUGGGUAGAUGGACGUCGCAGUUUGUUCCAGGUGUAUAGAAAAGGUCACUCAAUUCGUCCUGGUGGCAUUGUCCUGCUCGGCCAAGACGCUGAUGCAUUUGUGGGUGGCUUUGACGCAGGUCAAAGCUUUGUAGGAGAAAUUACAGAUGUGCACAUGUGGGAUUAUGUUCUCUCCAGCAGUCAGAUUAAGGCGGUUUAUUCAAACCAGGAAACAUAUGUCAAGGGAAACGUGUUUGACUGGAACACCAUCAAAUAUGAGAUAAUUGGCAAUGUGCAAGUGACUCAAGAUAACUGAUUGUAAUCAGUUGUAAUGUCACAUACGCAGUGUACAAAGCUGUAAAAGCGAACCAAUAAAAAAAAAAUUCUGAAGAUUACAAGUGCAAUGCAUGUGCAUAAUUGGGAAAAAUAUUAAAUGUUAAAUAUUUUUACUGAAGCAUACAUGCAUGUGACUUCUGGAGGAUGUGGUCAAUAAUUCUGAUAAUUUGAUAAAUAUUUUGUCUAAUUAAUGCUGCCUUCACGGAAACUUCCUACUUCCCACUUCUGAAAUUGUAAUUAUGAGUUUGUCAUGUUCAAGUGCUGUCGGAAAGAACAGAAAUCAUGGUGAACAGCCUAUUCAUUCUUGCCUGUUUCUUGGGGCAAUCUUAUUAAAGCUAAAAGGUAUAGAUGACAAGAUAUUUAGUCAAUAUCCAACAGGUUUUGAAUAAAAUGUAGCGUCCCAUUUAUUGGUAACCAUAUAAACAUUCACAGCGCUAUCUGGAUGACAAUUCCUAAAUUUUGGUCAAAUAAAUGAUAUUUUUUACUGUGUUCAAUACAUUAUGCAUCAAAUGGAUAUUUAUAUACAUAAAUAUACAUGACUGUAAUGGCAGGAGAAGCAAUGUAGAUGUUGUGAGAAAAACUAAUAAAA